UACAACUAUUGGAAAACAUGCUCGUCUAAACACUUGACAAGAAAUAUGGUGGCUGAUAAGAUUAUUAGCAUUGCAUUUGGUAGAGAAGUCGCGAUCUCUUUUGUUCUCAGAAUAAUAUCAAUAUAAAUUUUAAAUUACUGCGUACGCAAUAAUAGCGAAAUAGCGGAGAUAAAGGGAUAUCCCUGGUAGUAGUCUUGAUUUCAAAAAAUAUUAUGUAGUAUGCUUUGAUACUAAAUAUUAAUAAAAAUGAGUCGUUCGAACGAAGAUGGGAUUAAUUGGUUCCAUUCGGGACUUUCACGAGAAGAUGCUGAGAAAUUAUUAACGAAAGAGCCCUAUGAAGACGGAACUUUUUUAAUACGGGAAUGCAACUCAGCAGAGGGUGACUUCGUUCUUACUCUUAUACACAAGGAGGCAGUAUGCCACUAUCAGAUACGAAGGCAUGGCGGCGACGCGUUUUUUUCCAUUGAUGAUAAGGUAAAGAUUUUGCACGGUCUGGAAUCUCUUGUUGAAUUUUACCAAAUGGCAGCCAAUGGUCUUCCAACGAAACUCACAAAGUUUAUAAAAAAGGACUUGCCUCCAAAUGAUGCCCGUCGACAUGGUAAUACUAAUUUGUUGCAUCGAGCGACCAAAGAAAAUAACGCGACAAUUGUUGGUGAGUUGUUAAAGUGUGGCUAUCGCAACGUUGAUGCAAAAAACCAAGAUGGACAAACAGCUUUGCAUUUAGCUGCUAUUUACAGCGAUCAGACCAUAUUAAAACUAAUACUUGGAUCAGACGUUAACGUUAAUUGCAUGGACGCAUUUGGUAAUAUGCCCCUUCAUUAUGCAUGCCGCACCAAACCUGGUGCUUUCAUCUGUAAUUUAAUUGAAGCAAAUGCGAACGUUCAAGGGCGCAACAUUAAAAAUGGUUAUGUCCCAUUACAUGAUGCAUGCAAAAACGGUAAUAUUGAUGCAGUAAAAGUACUUUUACAGUCAAAUGCUCCCUUAUUGCCACGCACGACUUCUGGAGAAUUUCCAAUUGACUUAGCUCGUGAAGCUGGGAGAGAAGAUGUUGUAAAAUAUUUAAGCGACUACAAAUUGCCAGGUGCACAAACUAAAAGAUCUCUUUGGUAUCAUGGUACAUUAACCAGAGAAGAAGCUGUUGAAAGUUUACAAAGAUUUGCGAAACGAAAGAAUUGUACUGUUAAUGUGAACAACAACAACGGACAUGAAGAAAGUAAAAUUGAUACUUCAGGAAGUUUUUUAGUUCGCUACUCUGAUCGGUCUGGAUUUGUUUUAACUCUUCUGUUUGAAAAUCAGGUUAAGAACUUCAAAAUAUCACAAUUGUCCAAAUAUUUGUACAUUGAUGAAGGGCCAUAUCUACCCACAUUGGAACAUUUAGUGGAACAUUUUAUGCGUUUUAACGACGGCUUACCAAUUAAUUUAAAAUAUGCAGUACCACCAGAACCCAAACCGCCACAACCACUACUUUCUACUCUGCCCCGAAACAAAAGCCAUCAUAAAAAAUUGUACAAUUCAAAUUCAUUAAAUGAAAACAUAGGCAACACAGAAAUUGUUUCAACAACUUGUAUAUCUCAUAAAGCAAUUUCAAAAGCUCUGCCUGAGAAGAAACGUAAAGAAACUACAAAUUUGAUGCUGAGUAAUUUUUUAAAAUUGAAGUCGAAAAUCCCAAACUCUGACGAAACGGUUCCUUCUUAUACGGACACACCUACAUCACAACGUUCAGUAGAAGAAUAUCCAUGUAAAGGUUUAUCAUUUUGUACAAACUUCGUUAAAGCCGAAAUAUCAGACACUCGUGAUUUCAAUAAACCUUCUGCGAUUAAAAAUUCAGUCAACACUGACCUAAGCAAUAACUUAUCGCUGAACGAAAUGUAUAACGUGCCUAGAAACAAUUCAGCAGUGGAAGAGCAAAUUAUGGAUGAGUCUGUAUUCUCCCACAACGAAUCUGUAUUUCAGACGAGCAUAUGUUCUGAUAAUUCCACAAAUCGACAUUACAAACAAACGUAUGAAGCAAAAGGACACCUUGAAGAGGUUGAUUCACAAGGAAUUUCUAUUCAAAAGUCACGAGGGGUUUUCUGUGACUUCGAAGGCUUUGACUCCUCCUGUAUUCCUAAUAUGGAAAGUGAAAAUGAAAUAUCUAGCUACUGCAUUUCCAACGAAAAUGUUGAAUUGGGAAAACUAAUUGGUGAAGGCGAAUUCGGUUCCGUAUAUCGUGGUUACUUGAAAGGGGCUAUUUUAGGAGCUACUGAUAAAUAUUCUCAUGUGGAAAUUGCAAUCAAAACGUUACGAGAUGAACACUGCCGAACUAGUAAGCAAGAGUUCCUACGUGAGGCCUCUGUAAUGAUGCAUUUAAAGCACCAUUGUAUAGUGCAAUUAAUUGGGUUAUCUAAAGGUGAUACUUUAAUGAUGAUACAGGAGCUUGUGCCUCUAGGGUCAAUGUUACUUUUCAUACAAAAAAAUGUUAGAAAAAUUGAUCCAAAUCGAGAAUUAAAACUAUGGGCUUCUCAAAUAGCAUGCGGAAUGCAAUAUUUAGAAUCUCAACAUUUCGUACAUCGGGAUUUAGCCGCCCGAAAUAUUCUACUAGCAUCAUUUCAUCAAGCAAAAAUCAGUGACUUUGGUUUAUCUCGUGCUCUGGGAUCAUCUAAUGACUUCUAUGAAGCCCAGCAUGGCGGUAGAUGGCCGAUUAAAUGGUAUGCCCCAGAGAGCUACAAAAAUGGAAUUUUUUCACAUUCCAGCGAUGUUUGGUCUUACGGAGUGACAUUAUGGGAGAUGUUUUCAUUAGGCGAGGUACCUUACGGUGAAAUGCUUGGUUCUGAAGCUGUAAAGUUAAUAGAAGAUGGAAAACGUCUGUUGCAACCCAAAUUUUGCCCUAAUAAUGUCUAUACUAUUAUGGAAAACUGCUGGCAAUAUAAUCCUAAAGAUCGGCCCACAUUUAGUUAUUUGACCGAGAUUUUUGUGAAAGAUCCGGACUACGAAAAUAUAAUAGAGCUGGUUAAAACAAGAAGUAUUAGUUAAAUUAAAAUAAGUUGUGCACAAUAAAAUUAAGGUUUGUAAAAUAGUUUUGGCACAUUUAGUACAGCCGAAUAACCACACUAUUACGCAUCUCUAAUUGCGUAAGUGCAGUCUGCAAUUUUGCAUUAGAAUACCAAAUUGAACUAUGUAUGUUUAGAUACCGCAAAAUAUUGUGUAAAUUAUGAAGUACUAUCAACCCUUAUUAUAGUAGAUAGAAGUUUCAAAAUAAGACUUAUUUUAGUAUGCAAUCCAACAAGAAAUUUUUUAAACUAGUAUAAAAA